CUGUAGCUGGAAGUCAUCUCUUUCCUUUCCAUUCGAUCUCUAGUUCCCACACGAUCUGCAAUCCUUCAAAAACUAGCUUUCGUCUUCCAAUUUGAAACCCUAAUGCAGCACCAACUGCAACACCAGACCCCGGCAGUGGUUUCAACCCCUCCCUCGACCACCAUGGAGGCGCCGCCAAAGCUGGUGGCGCUGGCGAUGGAGAGGCUGAGCCAUGCCGCUCGGCUCAUUGCCGACAUCCACCUCGGAGCUGAUCGCCUCCUCGAAGCACUAUUUGUCGCCGCAGAGCCUCACAAAAGAUCUGAGCCCCUUGAUUUGUUCAUUAAAGAAGAUUCCUCCAUGCGCCAACACCUCCAAGACCUUCGUUCCAUUGGAAAGCAGCUGGACGAAUCGGGAAUGCUAAAUGAAUCCCUAAAGUCGAGAAGGGCUUAACUUAUGGUUUUGCCUAGAUAGAACUGCACAAAGAUGCACUUGAAGGAGGUCCAAGUUGUUUUUGAAGGGUUUAAACGUUGAAUGAUUUGAAAAUCUUAGACUUCUGGAACCAUUUGUUUCAUUUCCUUCCGUGGCUUACAUUGGCCUAAUGUGGAACCAAUGAGCAGAAAAGAUCAAAAAGAAUUGGCACCAAGCGGUACCAUCAGUCUUGUGCUACUUAGUCACUUGUGUAGGAUUUGUGUUGAGUGGAUGAAAAUGAUUUCUAGAACGCUUAUAACAUCCAUUUUAUAACUUACUAUGUAUUGCUUGAGACUCAUGGCCAUACUAGUCUUUUGGAAUAGGAUCAAAUAUAUGCGGAACCUUUCCUUUUUCUUUUUUUCAAAACUUAAUUAAAUGAUAAUGUUUCUUUGUAUAUCAUGUGUUCUUACUGGCUAGGUAUAGGGAUUAUGUAGUUCUGAACUUUGGAAAAUUGGAAGCCUUCUUUAAGGCAUAAAUUUGUUCUUAUAUAUAAAUGCUAUAGGCUUGCACUCAGGUCUUCACAGAUCAGAAGAGGCAGUUUUUACCUCCCCUUGAUGAUGGAAUUACCGAACCAGCAUCAAAGAAGCAAUGUGGUGCCCAAGCACUCGGAGAAAAUAACCAAGAUGAGUCUAAUAACUACAAAUCACUUUC